UCAAUUGCAGUUUAUUUGAACACAAUUCCGGUUUCUUUCAGUGAGCGCACUCUCAUUUCUUUAGGGGUUGUCGCUCUCUCAUCAAGUGUUUCAUUCACAUACUCUUCUCUGCAAUUCUCGCCACAACCUACCUGACCCAUUUCCUAUUUCUAGGUUUCAGAAGUAGAGCUGAAAUUCAAAUGUUCAUGCAGUUGUUUGGUCCACAAGUGUUUGAGAGGGAGGAGUAACCCACCAUGAAUGCCCCAGACCGAUAUGAGCGCUUUGUUGUCCCAGAAGGCACUAAGAAGGUCUCCUAUGAGAGGGACACCAAGAUCAUAAAUGCAGCAUCAUUCACUGUGGAGAGAGAGGACCACACAAUUGGCAACAUCCUUCGCAUGCAGUUGCACAGGGAUGAAAAUGUACUUUUUGCUGGUUACAAGCUUCCUCACCCCCUUCAGUACAAGAUAAUUGUCAGGAUUCACACCACCAGCCAGUCUUCUCCAAUGCAAGCAUAUAACCAGGCUAUCAAUGAUCUGGAUAAAGAACUUGACCAUUUGAAGAAUGCUUUUGAAACUGAGAUAGCAAAGUUUUCCAGGGAGUAUUAAUAAGCAUGCAAAAAAUCUCUCGAGAAGCAUGUAUACUAUUGGGACGAUAUGCUCAGACGAUGGUUUUUGUUGCUAGUUGGAGUUAGAAAACUCGACUGUUUUCUAGGUUGAAAAUGAUGGAUGUUAUGGACUGAUGACUUGUGUGUUUUUUUCAUGGUCAUGAAGCAUGUUGAAAAUGUGUAGCAGGAGUUUUAUUAAUGAAAAACUUAUCAUAGAUUUAUUCCA